AGCUUGCUGUUGGGCCCUUCCUGACCAGCAGCAGCUGCGUCCUGCUUGCUGACUCCCGUUCCUCCCGUUUCCUGUCCUUGGUCAGACAAGGCUGAAGCCUCCACUCCCCUCACCCCACCUCUCAUUUUUGUUGGCCUCCCAGCACAGUUAUAUUCACACUGUCAAGCUGCUUGAUUUGUUGAGCACACGCUCGGAUUCUUUCAGGGUGCCAUUGCUGUUUGGGAGAGCUAAGCAAGUGACUUUUAAAAACCUCACGAGACCUGAACUUGCCAUCUGUCUCAGGUAAACCCUUGAAAAAUGACCUCCAUGUCAAGUCUUUUCUCCUUCACAAGUCCAGCAGUCAAACGUCUGCUCGGAUGGAAGCAAGGAGACGAGGAGGAAAAAUGGGCCGAAAAGGCAGUGGAUGCGCUUGUGAAAAAACUGAAGAAGAAGAAGGGUGCCAUGGAGGAUCUGGAGAAAGCCCUGAGCUGUCCCGGACAGCCCAGCAAGUGUGUUACCAUUCCCCGAUCGCUGGACGGUCGACUGCAGGUAUCCCACAGGAAAGGUCUGCCUCAUGUGAUCUACUGCAGAGUGUGGCGCUGGCCUGACCUUCAGUCCCACCAUGAGCUCAAACCUCUGGAGGUGUGCGAGUACCCGUUUGGCUCCAAACAGAAAGAAGUCUGCAUCAACCCAUAUCACUACAAGAGAGUGGAGAGUCCUGUUCUCCCUCCUGUACUGGUCCCGCGGCACAGCGAGUUCAACCCUCAGCACAGCUUGCUUGUCCAGUUUCGCAAUCUUACCCACAACGAGCCACACAUGCCCCUAAACGCCACUUUUCCAGAGUCCUUUCAACAACCUCACAGUGGGGGCGGCAACAACGGUGGAGGCGGCACAUUCCCCAUUUCUCCCACCUCUCCAUAUCCUUCUUCUCCAGCCAGCAGUGGUACUUAUCCCAACUCUCCUGCCAGCUCGGGGCCCUCCAGUCCAUUCCAACUCCCAGCUGACACCCCACCCCCAGCUUACAUGCCCCCUGAUGAGCAGCUGGGCCCGGAGAGCCAGUCCAUGGACACAAGCAGCAGCCUGGUGUCACAAAGCAUACCAAGAGAUAUGCAUGCAGUGGAGUAUGAGGAGCCAAGCCAGUGGUGCUCCAUCGUCUACUAUGAACUCAACAAUCGUGUGGGAGAAGCCUACCAUGCUUCUUCAACUAGUGUGCUCGUGGACGGCUUCACUGACCCUUCCAACAACAGGAACCGCUUCUGCCUCGGCCUCUUGUCCAACGUCAACCGUAAUUCAACAAUUGAGAACACCCGCAGACACAUUGGAAAGGGAGUGCAUCUGUACUACGUGGGAGGAGAGGUGUAUGCAGAGUGCCUCAGCGACACCAGCAUUUUUGUCCAGAGUCGUAACUGUAAUUACCACCACAACUUCCAUCCCACCACUGUGUGCAAGAUCCCCAGUGGAUGCAGCCUCAAGAUUUUUAAUAACCAGGAAUUUGCUCAGCUUCUGGCCCAGUCUGUCAAUCACGGCUUUGAGGCCGUGUACGAGCUCACCAAGAUGUGUACCAUUAGGAUGAGCUUUGUCAAGGGCUGGGGAGCAGAGUAUCAUCGGCAGGACGUCACCAGCACCCCCUGCUGGAUCGAGGUCCACUUGAACGGGCCUCUCCAGUGGCUGGACAAAGUGCUGACACAGAUGGGCUCCCCGCUCAACCCCAUCUCCUCUGUGUCCUAAUAAUGGACAAACAAUACAUUUAAGGAUCAUUUUUCUCUUUUCUAUUGUUUUUAACAUUUUUCCCAGCAAAGAUUUUAUAAUUUCAAGGUGUCUUCAUGCUGGAACUGUUUACACUUUGACAAGGGAUACUCGUCAAGUGACCCUGCCAGAAUCAGAACGAUUCAACAUAAAACUUAGAAACAUGGCAGGAGAGGAAGACGUCAUCGUGGACACUACUGCUCAACAACGGCUCACAAUCCAGGCCUUUCUUCUGAAGCCCAACUCAAAUGUUAAUUUUUACUAGUUUUUAUUGUUUUUGACAAAUAACUGUUUUGUGUAGGUUUUUAUCUGAGCAGACCAGUUCCACUUCUCUGCCUCAUGUUUCCCACACAUUUGGAAAUAUAUGAAACGUUCUGCUUCCACUCAUGUCUCCGUUAUUUCACUUUAGAUACACGUACGGUUCUGUUUAUCGUUAGGCCCAGAAGAGAAAGUCUGCUGCCAGCCGUGCACACCGAGCUGCUGCCUUCACGAACUUCUGUCAGCCACCGUGAUCCUUUGUGAUGUGGGAGAUCCCUG